CCACUGCACACUCCGACCAGCGUCUUCGCCCGGAGUGCGUUGCUGCACAGAAUUCUUGUCACGUGACCUUCAAGACGCAACGAACCUGGCGCCGCGUUGUUCAAGUAACCGAUGCCUUGGAACAGAAACGAGGAGCACCUUCGCUUCAGUAAGAACGUCCUCAUAAAAGGCGAGGCCUCGGCAUCGGCAUUGGUGGCGGCAGCUUCCGCGGCUUCCUGCUGCGGCGGCGGCGAUCGGCCAAGGAAGGCGCGGCGGCGGCGGCCGGUCCCGGCGGUGCGCUGGCUUCCUCGCGCCACCCGCAGCAGCCGCCCGUAAGAUGCGCCACCAUGAGCAGCAUCGGCAGCGUGGGCCGCAACGGAGGCCCGAUGGCCAACGGCCUGCCCGGAGGCGUCAAGAAGGACAACUCCUCGCCGGCCGUGGCCUCGGCCAACGGCGGCACGGCCAACGGGCCCCUGCUCGAGACCACCACGGUCAAGAAGGGCCUCCUGUGGCAGCAGUGGGACAAGUUUUUCAGUCGCUGGAAGGAGCGCUACUUUGUGCUCACCAAGGACUACUUGGCGUGCUUUAAGAAGGAAUCCAAGGUCGGAACCUCCGAGAUGGGUGGAUUCCUUUACAAGGUGAACUUGGCAGACGUGGAGGGGCUGCAGUGGGCCGACAAAAAGCGGACGGGAGUUAUCGCCCUUCGGGUGGGCACCGAGGGCCAGCUCCUGCUCUGGACCAACUGCGGCCUGGACGACUGGAUGUUCGCCCUUAGAGACGCCAUCGGUCGGAGCAAAGGGCGCAGAGAGGCCCUCCGCAAGGCGCAUACGCUCGGUCCGCAGUUCUACGACUCGGGACUCACCAAGAGGCAAGCGUUGCUGCUCCAGCACACGCUGACCUCGUCGGAGGCGCAGUCCCCGUCUUCGUCGGUGCGCACGUCCACCUCGUGCGAGCUGCGCUCCUUGGGCGAGCGCACCCCUACGCCCAGCCUCACGCGCCGGGCGCAGAGGAUGUCGGUGGCCACCGAGGCCAGCGACAGCGGCGGCAGCGUGGCGCCCGGCUCCGCCAGCGUGGACUACGACACGCGCUCGGUGCCCUGGUCGGCCCCGCUCGGACCACGGCCCACGGGCUCCUACAGCUCGCUCAUCUCGCUCGGACAGCGCUCUCUCGGAGCUCACCGGCCCUCGCCGCGGUCCCUGCAGGUGUCUCCGGCUCUGGCGCAGCGUUCCCUAUACGCGCAGCACGUGCUCAACUCGCCCGAAGUGGCCAACGGCCGCAACGGCGGAGUCCGGUGCGGCGGCGGCGUGAGUGGGGCCACGGCCUCCGCGACGCUCGAGUUCGCCUACAUCCGUCCCGACUCGCCGGUCACCCUGACGGGGCCCCGGCGCAGCACGCUCGACAGCGGCCACUGCCAGCGAUCCCAGUCGUCCUGCUUCGGCGGCGCCAGCCCGUUCCUGCAGCUGGGCGAGCCGCACCACAAGCUCCUCCAGCAGCAGCAGCAGCAGCGGCACCACCGGAACCACAAGCACCACCAGAACCACUACCCCGCCGCUCCCCCGUUCGCCCUGCACGACCUGCGGGCAGCCCUGCCGGGCGAAGACGACGAGCCGCGGCCGUCGUCCAUCUACGGCCAACCCUCGCUGACGGUGGUGGGCGACCGCGCCGCCUACUCGGUGCAGCCUCCCGACGUGGUGCCCAACAACCACGCGCCCCGGCCGUCGGCCUCGAAGCUCAUGAAGCGUGCCGUCAGGGCGUACACGCACUCCAAGUCGGACUCGUCUUUCGUGCUCAAGCAGAGCCCGUCGCAGCUGCAGGGACACUUGGCCGUGACCUGAUGCGCCCCCCUCGAACCAUCGUCCUCGACGUGCUCCAUCUUCCGCGCUCCUGGUCUGCCGCCUCCUGUCGGCGACCGCCCGCAUCUCGAAGUUGCCAAAGGGCGACGUUUAAGUGGGCUCUGUGUCGGGGUUCGCGGAGGGGAGUAGUGCCCUGGUGGCGACGCUGCGCUGUUGGUGACGGACGACGCAAACUGCAUGGCGAGUUGUGGAUGACCCUCUGCGGCACGUCUCUUCGAGACGUCCCUCUACGUCUGUUCUGCCUGGCUUUGUCUUUCUGUUGGUUCCUCUCUGCACAAGCCGGAUCGGCCGUGACGUACUUUUUCUGCCUCGACAUGUUGCACCGGUUAUUACUAUUGUUUGUCAUAGGUGUCCCGUUCACCUGGAGGAACUGUCUUCCUAAAGAAAAAAGAAACUUUUGUGUGGUGAUUAUGGUGAUUAUAAUGAGUGCAUUGUGUUUUGUAUUUGACAUGCCAUUCGCGAAGUUUUAAGUGACUGCUUUCGUGAUCAUCGCCGCUGGAUGACCCAACGAGAGCAACGAGAAAGUGUACAAGCAUAUUAACUUACCGAAACACCGACCUGAACACCGCUGUGCGGUGCAGUCACGGAAUGACUUGACUAUAUUGGUCGUCUUUCUUAAUCA